GCAGCAGCGCCGCGCCCGCUCCCCGCCCGCAGCCCGCUCCGCACUCGGCCGGCGCCGCGCGUCGAAGUUGGGCGGGCCGGGCGCACCAUGCCCCAGCUGCCGCCCGCGGGCGGCGACGACCUGGGCGCCCCGGACGAGCUGAUCCCCUUCCAGGACGAGGGCGACGAGCAGGACAAGGGCGCGGGGCGCGGCUCGGCCCAUGGGGACCUGGACGAGCUCAAGUCCUCGCUGGUCCACGAGUCCGAGAACCGCCGCGCCAGCGCCUCGGGCUCCGACUCGGAGGCGGAGCGGCCGCCGCCGCAGCCCCGCGAAAGUUUCCAGAAGCCGCGGGACUAUCUCGCCGAAGUAGUGAGAAGACAGCAAGAUGGAGGUUUCUUUAAGGGGCCCCCAUAUCCAGGUUACCCCUUCCUGAUGAUCCCAGAGCUGGGCAGCCCCUACCUGCCCAACGGAGCCCUGUCCCCUGGCGGUGCUCGCACAUACCUGCAGAUGAAGUGGCCGCUUCUUGACGUUCCGGCUGGUGCUACGCUGAAAGACAGCAGAUCUCCAUCGCCCGCACACUUAUCGAACAAAGUGCCCGUGGUGCAGCACGCACAUCACAUGCACCCGCUGACCCCACUCAUCACGUACAGCAGCGACCACUUCUCCCCGGGCUCGCCUCCUUCCCACCUCUCGCCAGAGAUCGAUCCAAAGACGGGAAUUCCACGACCACCUCACCCUUCAGAACUGUCUCCUUAUUACCCGCUGUCUCCUGGCGCUGUUGGCCAAAUCCCUCAUGCAUUGGGCUGGCUGGUACCACAGCAAGGACAGCCAGUGUACUCCAUUCCUCCCGGGGGAUUCAGGCACCCAUACCCUGCCCUAGCUAUGAAUGCCUCAAUGUCCAGUCUGAUGUCCAGUCGGUUUUCCCCCCACAUGGUCCCGCCUGCCGCGCAUGGCCUCCACCCUUCGGGAAUCCCACACCCCACCAUCGUCUCACCCAUUGUCAAACAGGAGUCCACGCAGGCCAACAUGAGCCCCGGAGGGAAUUCGAAAUCCCCCGGCAGUGUGAAGAAGGAGGAGGAGAAAAAGCCCCACAUAAAGAAGCCGCUCAACGCGUUCAUGUUGUACAUGAAGGAGAUGCGGGCCAAGGUGGUGGCGGAGUGUACGCUGAAGGAGAGCGCGGCCAUCAACCAGAUCCUGGGACGAAGGUGGCAUUCGCUGUCACGUGAGGAACAAGCCAAGUACUAUGAGCUAGCCCGGAAGGAGCGACAGCUUCAUUCACAGCUCUAUCCCACUUGGUCUGCGCGGGAUAACUAUGGGAAAAAGAAGAAGAGAAAGCGAGAGAAGCAGCCCCAGCAGCAGAUCCAGGACACGGAGAGCUCUCUGGCCUCCAAGAGUAAAAAGCCAUGUGUGCAGUACCUGCCCAUUGAGAAACCCUGCGAUAGUCCUGCUUCCUCCCAUGGCAGCAUGUUGGAUUCGCCUGCCACCCCAUCAACCGCCUUGGCAUCGCCCGCUGCCCCAGCCGCCACCCACUCUGAACAAGCUCAGCCCCUCUCACUCACCACCAAACCGGAAGCCAGGGCCCAGCUGUCUCUCCAUUCAGCUGCUUUUCUGUCGAGUAAGGCUGCCGCCUCCUCCUCCAGCCUUAGCAGCCCGUCGCCUCUUCUCUCCAGACCCAUCCCGUUUGCCACAAUGACCCACACGGCUCUCUUGACCUCGCCACCUUCCUUCCCAGCUGCCCUUCCUUCCCCGCAGGCUGCCCUGGCUGUGCUACAGGCCCAGCCGCUCUCCCUGGUCACCAAGCCAGCUGACUAAGGAGGAGCCGCCCUCCCCAGCCACCCCUGCUGUACAUUGCUGAAGCCACAAUCGAGAUUCAAAAGCAGCCAAACCAUUAUUGGUCAAUAUUUGACCCUUUCUGAACUCCUUUGUAAGUGGACUCUGGAGGAAGGUGCUUUAUGCUCGGAGCUGUUUCCAGUAGUCGAUCUAAAGACCGUUUUUAUUAAAAACAAACAAAAACCCCGCGUGAGCCAAGGCCGAGCGGUUUGUUCCUGCCUCUGCCUUGGCCAGGUGGACUUGUAAAGAUGGAGCCUCUCUCUGCGGCAUUUGCAGGGUGGUUGUCGCUAACUCUGAGCGGUGCCCACCCGGGCAGCGUACGCCAGCCAGCCAGCAGGGCUGUCCCAUUAACAGCCAUUCCCGGCGACUCUGAGUCCCAGAAACAAAAUAGAAACGCCGGACCCCUGCCGCAGAAAAGUGCCAGCCACCCUUCCCCCCUCAAAGGGAGCGUACAUCCCCCACCCUGGAGAGGGCCAAGACUCCUGCCCCGAGCCUGGAGGGAGUGUGACUUGCCAGGACGAUGCCAGCACAAUCUGCCCCAUUUCCUCCCAUGAUUACUUGGUCGGGGGUGGGGAGUGGAGGGGGUUACGUCGCUGGGGAAAUUUCCCCCUCUAAUCCUGUUUUUACAAAAGGAAAUAAAACUGCAGCUGCAA